AUUGCCAAGUAAUGACAAAAUGUCGGAUACGAGUUUGUCAGGUGAUCUGGAGCUAGGUUCUAAACAGACCCCUGAGCUAGCUGGAGACCUUGAGGAUCAAGUGAACAACCUAAACUCAUCAAACCUUAUUAAUAGUCUUAAAGAUUUGUCUGAAGCUCACAAUGGCUCAACACACAAAAUGACGAGCUCGGAGCAUAAUGGAUUAGAGAAUAAAGGUGGUGACUCCGCCCAACCUAGUUCAACAGAAAAUGGGUUUAAACCUUCAGAGAAGGAAAUUCCCGAAAAUACUGAAAAUAUGCGACCUGAUAUUGAAAGUUCAGAUUAUGAAUCCAAUUCAACUGAAAACAAUAAAGAAAGUAAUGGUGAUGGCUCAGUCUCAGAGUCUGGACAGAGUGCCGGAGAUCCUCUGGAUAAUCCUCUAGAAGCUGAGGACAAUCCCCUGGAAACUGAAGAUACCGACUCAUCGCAUCCUGUAGAAAACCCGCUAGAAUCAGAUGAUCCCCUGGACCUAGAAUACCGGGCUUACAAGGGGAAUGAGAAUGAAGAAAAUACACCAGACGGAAAUGAACAAGUUGAUGAAAUCAACGACGGAAGUCCGGACACUGAUGAAAAAAGCCCAACAGAUGGCGAGAAAGUAAAACCUGAAAGUUGUGAGAAGGAUAAAACAAGUCCCAAAAUAAGUAAUAACGACGAAGAAACCCCGGAGGAACUUGAGAAAGAUUUCGAAAGACCAGAAGUAAAUGAGAAAGAUACUGAAAGAGAGAAGGAUGACGAGGAUGAUGAGAAUGAUGGAACUGAAAACGAUAAUGAAAUACCUGGGGAAGAAAAUGAUGAGAAUGUUAACGAGAAAGAUCCUCUGAUGACAGGAACAGCUGAGGAGGAGAAGGAGGAGGGGGAUGAAGAACAAACAGAAGAAACUGAAGAGAGUGCAAAAUCUCAACCUAAACCUGUCAGGAUCCCAAUCAUGAUGUUCAGAAAUGAGACUGAACUAGAAGAAGAAGAUGGGGAGAAAGCUCACGAUGAUGAUGAGGAACAUCCUGAAGAUCUGAUUGAGAUCGAGGGAGAACCACAGAUUGCAGAGAAUCCUUUCUCUGAAGGACAAGAGGCGCUCUCUACCACGGCACCCGGAGGGGAUCCUUUAGAUGAGGCUGAUAGUUCCCUAACUGAAGGAGCAGUUGAGGAUUCUACUAAUGGAUUUCUAGAUCAGGUUAACUCUGGAACAAUAAACAGUUCUCAAUUUAUGUCGGCAAUCGUUGAUUUGCCGGAGAAACCUGUCCGCGGCUCUUACAAAAAGCGGAAACGGGAACUCAGCGAUGAUGAUUCCGAUUACGAAGAAGAGGAGUACACGCCUAGAUCAAGAACGGCUAGAAAAAGAAAACCAACCGCGAAAGUGUCGAAAUCUAAAAACUCUCGAAACUCUAAAAAAGUGAAAAGUGGAACAACGCGACGCGGAAACCGGUCGCGGGACGCGCUAUUUGCGUGUCUUGAGUGCGAUUAUAGCGCUGAGACUAUUGGGGAACUGAAUAUUCAUGUCUACGGGAAUCAUGAUAGCACUUGUAAACCAACAUUUUUAGACAUGGCUGAAGCAACCGUGGCCAAAUUAGCAGAUAGGCAUGGAACCUCUCGUACCUCGUUACUGAAGGUUCUAAUGGAGGAUUUUGGUCACGUCGUUGAGGUUCCAACCAAUACUGCUCGGCGGAUACUAAACCGUUCUAUUCGAUACGGUAUAGAGCUCGGCAGAAUACGAUAUGGUGAACCUGGUCAGCGUGGCUCCCAGAGUAUUUGGUUGCCGCUCAAGGAGAACAGGAAGAGUCUUCUCAACAGAUAUUUGAGGAAUCCUGACUCAUUGUACGUUGACGAUCAGGACUCAGCUGACGAUCCGGAGGCUUCGCUUGCAUCUGUCAAGAACAGACUUUCAUCUUCCAAUAUUCAGGUGACUCCAUCGAGUCAAGGGAGUAGAUCAACGAAGAAUUCCGGGGGUCGAGGUCGAGUAAUUAAACCUGCGGUGGACGACGAUGAAAUCUGCGUGGUCGAAGAGAAGCUCACUCCCCUGGCAAAGAUGAAGGCAAAGGCAUAUGCUAACGCGAAAGCUGCGCUUGCCAAGAAGCUACCUGCCGCCUUCCUGAAAACAGGCGCUACAAAAAUGGUUCGCAUCGGACCUGGCGGCAUUGUGCGCGCAGAAGGCGGGAAAAUCGUGACAACCCUUGGUAAACUGUCAGGAAGCAAGCUCAUCCCGAUCCCCAAGAAGCGUCCUGUGGUCGAGGAGAAGAUAACGGUUGUGGAGAAACCGAAGCCGACGGAUGAUGGAGAUGAUGACGACCUCACCUGUAACACGUGUCUCUCCAGCUUCUGGUAUAAGAACGAGCUUCUUGAGCACAUGAAGAGUGCGCACAAUAUCGGGAAAACCGAGCCAGCUGCUGUUAAAUCUUAAUGUACAGUUGUACUGUUCAGUGGACAAUAUUAUCGUACUGUCAGCGCAGUGUGUAAAGUUGGAGCAUAUGAAGAUGCAUUACAAUGAUGCCAUGCUUUAUUUAAAAAUAUUUUUUUGUCUCUUUCAUAGAUACUCCUUUAAAUUUUGUCUAAUCUCAAAUUAAAAUGUGAAGAUAUUAUUAUGUGCAAUCGUACAUAAAGAAAAUUGUUUUAGGAGACUAUUCUUAUUUUUUCUCCGAAAUAUUUAGUGCUUGUAAAAAGUUUUUUUUUUUUGUAUUAUUUCAUUAAUAACUCCAUAGUUCACUUAACAUACAACUAUUGGUAUUUUAUUAAUUAUGAAAAUGAAAAUCAUGAGUUAAAGGAGACAGUUAAUGACAAUACAGACAUUUCCCUUUAACAAUUAAAAUAAUGGUUUAAUAACUUGGUUCUUGUUUAAUAAUAUCAUGAUCUAUAUUUGGCAAGUUGUUUCAAAACUAUAAACCUUUCUUCCCAAUCUUGUUCGUAUAUUUCGUUGUUGUAAUAAAGUUUGCAUUUUGGUUCUAACUGGAGAAAGUAUAAAUGUUAUUUCUAAAUCUAGUGAUUGAUUGAUCGGUGGUUGUUUCAGAAA